AUAAGGGAGCCUGGCAUGCUAUGGGGUUGCAGAAUCAGACAUGACUUAACAACUGAACAAGAACUAAAUUAGUUAAGAUGCAGAAUGCAUCUUUUGAUUUAAUAUGAAAUUUUUAAAAGGAGCAGUAUUGGUCAGUGUGAUAAUUAGAACAAGCCAUUGGAACCACUGGAAGUAUUUAUGUCAAAGCAAAUGGUGGUGCUACUGAAAGAAAGAAUGACUGGAGGAAAGGAAGAACAUCUGACCUGGCCGAGCAGUUUACCACAUCCUUUAAUCUGGUAGUGCUAUGCUUUAAAUUCCCUCCACAUUAUACUCUUUUAGAUAAUUGUGAUAAUCCAAAAAUGAUACAGUGAAUUGUUAUUACUGGUAGGGUAGGUUUUUUUCUCUCUAAUUAAGAAAAAAUCUUGUAAUUUCAGAGAAUGUAAAAAUGUAAUUUCAGAGAAUGUAAAAAAGCUAAUGGAACUUACACAUUGUUUAUUGUUUAUUGGCCUUCAUUUUCCUGACGCAAUAUUAUUUAUAUUUCAGAUGGACUAGUGAAUGGUUUCUGUUGUAAAUGUGAAAACAAGAGUGAACUACUCUUUAGUUGACAUAUUGUCUUCGAUCUAAUUUCAACUUCCACAGAUGCUUUGCCUGACAUGUUUUUUAGAAUUAGGUUAAAGCUCUGUCUGCAAUACUAUUUUAAUUUACUAUAUGAAAAUGGAAAUACGCAAGCCAGUCUGAUUCUCCCCCCAAAAUAAAACAUCCCCCCACCCACCCAAUGACUUUUCCAGCUGUUGUGGCUGAGGCUGUUUUCCUGUUACAAUAUCAGUGGAAUGCAAAAAGUCUAAAGCUAUAUCAUUAUGGUUAUUGGAAUUGUUUUCCUUAGUACAUUUUGUUAUGUGAAAUAUCCAGUAUGUUGGAAAUAACAGCCUAAGAAAACUGGCUGCCACAAAUUUCCUUCAAUGGUACUAGGAGACAUAAUUUAUAUAAUAAGAUUUCCUAUUUCUAGCUUUCUUACGAUAGAUUUUAGAUUGCUUGUUGCUGCUGCUCUUUUUCAGCUCCAGUAGCCACUUUUGGAGUAUGGCACAAGAAAGGGUCAAGCAGAAUUCUCUGGUAAUGCAUGUCAGGGAGGGGGGGACAGUUAUGUAGCUGUUCCAUUCAUAGUUCUACAAAUGUAACCUUCCAGCUGGGGACACUCAACAGCAAAGCACCGAACAGGAAGUUGGAUCAGCCAAUCAGCGUGCAAGAUGCAAACUUCUGCCAAACACACAGUUGGGAUUUGGGAGGACAUCUCUGACUACAAUCUAUACCUUCUGUGCACCAUCAUGGCUUCUAUGGAUCCUGGAUUGGUGACGGUUAUCAUAGGGAGUCAUUUGAAAGUGAUUUUCAUAUAAUGACCAUUAGAUGUGCUUUGGUGAAUAAAUGCAGGAAAGACCGAAGCGGUGAUCAGAAACUUCAGCCCACACUAUAAACGUCAAUAUGCUGUGUCCUUUUGCAAACAGAUCCAGAAUGAGCUGGAACAAAAUAGAGAUCUGCAGUCUCAAUUCUUAAAAACAAAGCCACCUGGAUCAUCCAGCAUGGUCCUUUAUGAAGGAGAGGUGUCACAUUUUGCUGAAGACCUGAAGAAAUGGAAAGAGAGAUACAUAGUAAUUAAAAAUAAUUACUCCGUGGAAAGCUUUGAAAGCAAAGAGGCAUUCCAGAAAGGAGUAAGUUCAAAGACUUGCAUUUUCCCUGUUGGAGGCAAAGUGCUAAUUACAGGGGAAGAAUAUAACUCACUAUCUGAUAAACAUUUCCCAGAACCUAAUGGUUCCAGUGAAAAGGAGAAUACCCAGGCUUUUGUUGUCCCUCCAAAGGAAUUUCCAGUCUACCUGUGGCAGCCAUUCCUUAAACAUAGUUAUUACUGUUUUCUGGAUUCAGAAGCUCAGAAGCAAUUCAGCACCAUGCUGAACGAUUGCAUCAGGCACUUAAACCAUGAUCCUUUCAAACAGCCUUCCUUUGAAGAUCAAGCAUUUUUAGAAGCUGUCCAGUUUUUCCGUCAGGAGAAAGGCCAUUACGGGAUGUCAGAAAUGAUUAUAGGAAAUGAAAAUCAGAUUCUUAGCAACCUUGUGAUGGAGGAACUCCUAUCUAGCCUUCAGAGCAUGGUGCUCCCUAAAAUGAAAGGGAAGAGAAAUGACCGAAAGCGGGCAUGGUUUGGCAUUCUAGAAGAAACAUACCAUUUGGUACAUGAUCAGGUGUCAGAUGGUUUACAUGCUCUGAAAGAAGAAUGCAAAGAGGUCACCCUAGGACUAGAGGGAACUAUCCGUUCAAAUACAGACCAGAUUGUGACUUCGAAAGAAUUUCUGGCUGCAAAAAUAAAAGGGAGCAUAGCAGAACCUAUCCAGAUCUGUUGCAGUGAAAGUAUUCAGCCCUUUUUAGCUUCUGUACUAGAGGAACUCAUGGGGCCAGUGAGCUCUGGAUUCACUGAGGUCUGUCUGCUGUUUGAAAAGGAAGUCAAUGCAAUCAGUCAAACCUUUCAAGCAACAAAUGAUGUUGCAACACUAAAUGAGAAUGUGAAUCACCUGAUGAACCUGCCACACAGCUCUGUCAAAAUGGAGCCUUGCUAUUUAAAAGUCAAUUUUCUUCAAGAGCAACUCCAGGAUCUCAAGACCCGCUUCAAAUUCCACAACAUUGACUUGGUUAUCCAGAGGACACAUAAUGUAAUGCAGGAGAUUCUGGAAAAUGUAGUAUAUACAUUUGAGCAGCUAUUGGGUUUAAAUCACUCCAAAGAUAUAACCACAAUGGCAACAGCCAUUGAAAAAGUCAAACUUCGUGUUCUUAAGCAAUAUGAUUAUGACAGCAGUACUAUCCGGAAGAGGAUAUUUCAGGAAAUCUUGGUCCAGAUCACCCUGCCCACACUGCAGCGGACAUUGGCUUCAACUUGUAAACCAAUGCUUCAGGAGUAUGAACAGUACAUCUUUGCUGAAUAUAACAGUGUGAUUCAAGUUGAAAAUGUCUAUGAAGAGAUUCUGUUUCAGACAUUGCUUGAUGAAUCCCUAAAAGUCAUAAAAGAAGCAGUCCAUCUGAAGAAACAUAACCUUUAUGAGGAAAUAAACCUGACUUCCGAAAGCGUAUCCAGUUUGAGUGAUCUAAAAACUCCUGUAGAAUCAGCACAGGCUAGCCGAGCUAGAGUGCCAGACCCCAAUUUGAUGGAUGAAUCAGAUGCUGGCCUUGGAAGUAAUGAGGUUUUCUUAACAGAAAAACUCCAUCAAGAAGAGGAAUGUGAUGAGACAAAAGAAGAGGGGACAAUAAUUUCAGAUCUCGGUGGCAGUGAAUCUUGUCCAAAAAUACUUACUAUUGUACAGGGAGCCCUUCCAAUCACAAAUGUCAGUGAAAUCACAAUAAAACAAAACAAAGGAACAGCAGAAGCGGAAGAGCAUCCAGUUCACAAUGGUGUGAAUGAAAUUAGAAAUUUGUUGACCUUGACUGUUGAACUGAAAGAAUAUGAACAGUCUGUGAACAAAGAACAAGAUUUACAGGAGUGUGGAAUGUCAAGUCCAAAGGAAGAAGCAGAAGAAAAGAGUAAAGAGGACUAUCAGACAGGUGAUCUGCAGAAGCCCUUUUUCCCCACUGUAAAAGCAGAUGAUACAAAUAUUGUAAGUAGAUCUGGGGAAACAAGCACCAUAAUUCAUCAGGAUGCUUCUGAGAAGUCUGAAGAACAGAGUCCCAGUGAUAUCUCGGGGGAAGAGUUGAAAAGAGAGCCAAACACAGUGCAUUCAAAUAAAAAGAAUGAUGGUAUCUAUGACCAGUCUCAAACAGAGUUAUCUCCUGAAAACAGACAAUCUGACCAGAAUAAAAUAGGCCCUUCACUUGACAACGUUGUGUCUGAAGAACAGAAAUCACAAACAGAGCAGGCUGAAGGUGAAAAACCUGACCAGAUAAGAGAAGGAUAUUCUUCUCUCCAUUCAUUUCCAAAGGAAGAUGAUUCCCAAAUGGGACAAUGUAUUAAAGCAGAUUCCCAGGAAGCAGAGUUGUCCCUUCUGCAAUCUGUCCUGAGGGAAGCAGAGAUAUCAUCCUUGAGCUGUUCUGUUGAAACUCAAGAAAGCAUGUUGAAUACAGAAUCCGUAAGCACCGAAUCACCCUCUCUGCUAGUUUCCUUAGAAGUAGUAGAAACUGAGGUUAGCAAUGCGGUGAGCAUGGACUCCGAAAGUGUCACUUUUGAUCAAGGAGGUGAUUUUGAACAAGCAGGUGAGUCCUGGGUGGACACGGAUGUGGCAGAUAUUUAAAGUGAUGAAAGCUGAGAAAAUACUGAGGGCGACUGUUCUGAUUCACCACUUACAAAAUAGAAUUUUCUAAAUGUCUGAGCCCAAGUUAUGAUUACUCUCCUUAAAACUAGAAUGGAGAGAUUUGUUCAAAUUCACACCCUACUUGAGAGCCAUCUUUUAAUCUGAACCUGUGGCUUUCUGAAAAUCUGUAUUGUUUGAAUAAUACUCUUCUGCCAGUUGCUGCUUCUUGUCACUUACUCAUUUAGAAGUGAAUCAUGAAAGAAUCAUCACUCAAGUGGUGAAGAAUUUUGCAAACUAUUAUUUGUAACUUGACAGAAUGUUUAGCCUUUCCUACUUUUUGAAAACACAGUUCAGUGGAAAUAUUGAUUGCCCCUGUUGACAAUGAACCGUCUAUUUGUGGAUGAGAUUUCAGUGACUCUCAGUAGAAUUUGGAAGGAAGUGCUAAAAUCAGGUGUUGCAA